CUUCCUUCUACUUUCACGGGUGUUGAAAGUUUUCAACACAAAUUUUGCCAUUUCACGCCACAUCACUUCCCUAAUUAUUACAACACACCAUUGUAGUAUGAUUAAUUUUUUCAACUGUUGUAAAAUGGUUUACAACAAACCAUUGUAACUAGUCUUAUGUUUUUAACCAAUCCACAAAACUAAACAAACCCAUAAUAAAUUAAAUAAUAUAAAGUCUUUCCCUCUGGAAACAUGUCUAACACUCGACCUAUGUAUAAAUAACACCACACACCGUUGUUCUAUACACCACUUAUAUUCACAAACCAACCCAUAGAAACCCCCAAAAAACCUAAUGGCUAAACUCAUUUUCCUUCUCGCCGUCCAAAUCCUCCUCCUUGCCUCCGUUUCUGCAACCGGAGACGACGGAGAAAACUUUGCAAGAACCAUAGAUCGGAAACUUCUUGGUCUCCACAAGAAAGAGAAACUAACUCAUUUCAAAGUCUACUGGCACGAUAUCUUAAGCGGUCCAAACCCAACCUCCAUCAUGAUCCAGCCACCGGUUGCAAACACUUCCUACUUCGGAGCCAUCUCCAUGAUCGACAACGCCUUGACGGCGAAAGUUCCGAUGAACUCAACCGUGUUGGGCCAGGCCCAAGGCUUUUACGCUGGAGCGGCUCAAAAGGAGUUGGGUUUUCUAAUGGCUAUGAACUUUGCUUUUAAGACAGGGAAGUACAACGGAAGCACCAUCACGAUUCUUGGUCGGAACACCGCCUUGUCGGAAGUUAGAGAAAUGCCGAUUGUUGGAGGAAGUGGGCUUUUCCGAUUUGCUAGAGGCUAUGUCGAGGCUCGGACAAAGUGGAUUAAUCUCAAGAACGGUGAUGCUACUGUUGAGUAUAGCUGUUAUGUUUUGCAUUAUUGAGGUUUUGUCGUAAUUAUUUUAUUUAAUUCGACAACUUUAAAAUAAAACAGUUUUUGAAGUUUUUUUCUUUUUGCAUUUUGGCUUAUGGUGUGUGUGGUGGGUUUGUGGUAGAGGAGUUUUGUCGUUUAAUAAUAUUGAUGAUAUUUUUAUUUCAACGAGUUUUUGAUGUUAUGUAUUCACUUUAGUAUAUGUUGUUAAUGGCCUUGGACCGACAUCUCGACGUGGUCGGUAGAAGAACUCGACGAACACGUUAGC